AUGUUAGAUCUUAAACCAGAAAAUAUUCUACUUGAUGCUCAAGGUCAUGUAAAAUUAACUGAUUUCGGUUUAUGUAAAGAAUCCAUCUAUCAUGGUGGACAAACAAAUACAUUUUGUGGUACAAUUGAAUAUAUGGCACCAGAAAUAUUAACUCGAUGUGGUCAUGGCAAAGCUGUUGAUUGGUGGUCAUUUGGUGCAUUGAUGUACGAUAUGCUAACGGGUGCUCCACCAUUCACAGCCGAGGAUCGUCGACGAACAAUGGACAAAAUAAUAAAAGCAAAAUUAAUUUUGCCUGCAUAUUUGUCUAUUGAUGCAAGAGAACUAAUUCGUAAUUUACUUCGUCGACAAGUCAGUCAUCGACUUGGUAGUGGACCCGAAGAUGCUGAAGCAAUAAAAAGCCAUGCAUUUUUUGGUCAUUUGAAUUGGAAUGAUGUUUAUGCCAAACGUUCUGAACCUCCAUAUAAACCAAUUCUUAAAAGUGACGAUGAUGUUAGUCAAUUUGAUACGAAAUUUACUGUACAAACACCUGUUGAUUCACCGGAUGAUAGUAUGUUAAGUGAAAGUGCUAAUCAAGUUUUUCUUGGUUUUACUUAUGUUGCUCCGUCAAUAAUUGAAGAUAUGAACCGGUUAGAUUUGAGUAAUUAUGGACAUCGAUCACCAAGAAAAAUGAUUCCAUCUGAAUUAUUAUCUCAUACAUUGAAUCUAAAAAUUUCUGAAUUAAAUUGUGUUAAUGAUCAGUCAAGUACUACGAUAAUUGAAACAAAAGAUAAUAAUGAUAAUUUAUCAUCAAGAACAGUCAGAUCAUCUACACUCAAUAGAUAUCAAUCAAAUAAAUCAAAAAGUCCAGGAAAUAUACAUGUACUUAAAAAGCUUUUUCGUCGUCGUCGUAGUACCAGUCGCUAA